ACCUGAAUGGUCAUAAAACAACUAUUUCAACAUCAUCAGACUCCAGUGAAGAUGAAGAAGAAGCGCGUAGAAUCAGAGAAGCGUUAUGUGACGAGAGCAUAUAUAAAACAAAAACAUUUGGUAUCGGAACAUUAUCUGAGCUGCAGAAAAGCAAAGAAGCCAAAACUCAUUUAUUUUCUGAAGAGACUAAAAAGCUGAAGUCGAAUAGAUUGCAUAACAAGAAUGAUAAUGAAGAAGAUGGUAUACUACAGACUACACCAGAGUUCCGUACUUUUGUUGCCAGGCAGCUUUCACAAAUGUUGGACAGUGUUUUAUCGGACACCAUACAAGAGGAUGUUUGGCAGCUUCCCCAGCCACAACAGGUGGCAAACACAGGGAUCCGACUGUUUUCUGACUCCAAGACAUUUUGUAGACUUGAUGUAAACAAUGGAGCAGAUAGACAGCAGCAGAACCCAGCAAAGACAGUCUCAGAAACAUGGAAGCAUAGAAAACAUAAGCUGAGUACCAGUUCAGACAGCUCUGAGGAUGAGAAAAUAAAAGCCUGUGUCUUUACAGUGACAGAUAUCAGGAAGGAGAAUGAGUACCUAGCAGUACUGGAGACCCAAACAACAAUAAGUGAGAAUACAAAAAUAGGGAUAAAUGGAAACAGUACAUGGGAAUCUGAUGCCAGUUUAAAACCUGCAGUAAAUCAAACCUCAUCUCAUAAUGGAAUCGGUGAUGUCUCUAUUGCUAGGAAAAAGAAAAAGAAGAAGAAGAAAAAAAAGAAGCAUGCUGAUACUAAAAACACCUCUUGA